UGUGGUCUUGUUGGAUGAUUGCGACCCACACUUGCCACUGUUGUGACGUUACGUCAUGUAAAUUUGGCUCAGUAGCUUGUGUUAUAGUUGUAGUCGCAGUAGUGGUGGUGGUGUAAAGAGUGAAUGAGACGCUUUGCUGCAGGAUGUGGUGGAGCUCAGCAUGUCAGCGAGCAGGUGUUGGUCUUCUCCUCCGCCGCUGGUCCCUCUCAGUCAGGCCCGGGAUUCUCACAAACCCCCGGUGCCCUCUGAACACUCCACGCUCUUCCUUCUCUACCUCCGCCUCCGUCAAGUGUCCGGCACAUGAGGAGGUGAAGCAGCCUCUGAAACAGUGGACUCUGAACGUCAGUCCCUUCAGUUCAGUGCGGGCACAGCUGAGCUGCAGCAUCUCCAUCAGCCCGUUAGACCCGCACAGUUUCCCGGAGGCUGACCGAGUCUUCCUCACUGUCCACGGCGCUGACACUGAGCAGCCUGAGGUCGGUGUGGAUCACGUCCACGUCCACUAUGAUGAUCAGAGCAGUGAGCUGCUUAUUUCAGCUGACAAGGUGAACAGCAGCGUGUCCGUGGAUCUGACUGCGCCCAUCAAGUGCAAUCUCUUCAUCACCACUCGAGGGGAAGGCAACGUGGAAGUGAAGAACAUGGAGUGUAACAUCUGCGAGGUGCAAACAGAGAGAGGCAACUGUUCACUGCACUCUGUCAAGGGUCAUCAGAUCCAGGUCCAGUCCAGAGGAGGACGUGUCACAGGUGUUGGCACCAUCCAUGGUAACGUGGACAUCAGCACAUGUGGAGCCGCUGGAGUGGACGUCAAGAAGCUCCAGGGAACCAGGAUGAAUGUUUCAACAGAACGUGGCUCUCUCAAGGUCAAAGCCAUCUAUGCUGAGUCCAGCAGCAUCUCCUCGUCCUCUGGGAGAAUACAGCUGGGUCUUGUACAUGGUGAUGCCACAGUGAAGAAUGUGUCUGGAGACACAGUUAUAGAUGGCUCAAACAGUUCCCUGAGUGUUUCCUCUGACAGUGGAGGCAUCGACGUGUAUGUGGGAGAUGGCAGCAGUGCUGACCUGCACAGUCAAAAAGGAGCGGUGUGCGUGCGUGUCCCGUCCACGUUAAAAGCAGGGGUGGAGCUCUGUGGAGAGUCCAUGGAAAUCAGCCCAGAGGUCGUUCUGUCUGCACUCGAGAAAAACACAAGCCAAGGCCAAACCACUGUUACUGGUUACAUGAAUGGAGCGUCUGCGGUGGAUCGGUGGGUUAAAGCUCGGGCAGACACCGGUUCUGUUGCACUGAAGACGCAGAGCUGGUUUGAGUCGCUGAAGCUGGGGAGCUGAGCUAAGACUGGCAGCGUUUGUGUCUGUGAUGCUGCAUCACUGCACUGAGGCUUUACACUCAGAGACAGAGCCAGAUAUUUACUGCAGCUGUUCAUGGCUGAUGAUAGUUUAACUUCACUGCUGUAUUUAUUUAUUUAUCUAAUCCUCUGCCCAUACAUAAAUGACUGUAUAUAGCAUGUAUCAUCCAUAGUUAUUUAGAAAAUAAAUCUAAACAUUAUAUCCUGA